GUACUUUUCAGCUCAGCGCGGAUGAGAAUCUGCACAUGAAUGAACAGAUGGAUGAAGCUGAGUCUCUUCAUGGCAGGGGGAGAGAGGAUACUCUCCUCAACAUGUUGACUGAAACUGUUCGGGGGGUUGACAUUGUCACACGAUCCAGGGAUCACCGUCAUCAUCAUCACGAGGAAGCAGUGGGUUGGAGGAGAUGCAAAGGAGUAGAACCAGCCAGAGGCGGAGGAGGGGAAGCACAGAUAAGUAGCGAGGAAAAAAUGCUUGGUCCAGCAGAAGAUGAGGAGGAGGAUGAAGGCAGACGAAGGAGUGCUAAUGAAGAGCAGGUGGAGAAAGAGUGCAAGAAAAAAGUUUUGGAAGCGCUGAAGGAGCUGAGUGUUUUUCAUUCAGAGAGAGUGGCAGCAUGGAGAGAAGCCCUUAGAGAAUGUGCCGCCAUGCUCAACAAGUCUCCACCAGGGGGCGGUGAUCAGCAAUGUCCUUCUACAAUGGAGCCAGAGUGUUCAGACUCCUUCAGUGAUACUUUUCAGAGUGUUGGGGAGGACAUAGAGAACAUUAUGCAAAAACUGAGCACAAUCACAACCAAACUGGAUGUAGAAUUUCUCCAAUUAUCUGCAGAAGAAGCCACAAGUGUGGAUGCAGCACUUCAGCAAACCAGAGACCCAGAAACUUCAGUGCAACCUGAAGACGGCAACAAUCACCUGAGCUCCCAUGAUCAACAUGAAUCUGACUCUGGGCACAAACAGGAGGUUGAGGAUGAAAGCGAUCAAAGCCAUACAGGGUUGUCGCCAGACACUGAACGAACAUUGGACGACUUUGGAUUCAGCAGUUCUGACUGCAACAAUGUGAAAGAGACUGGGAGAGAAUCAGAGGUCAAAGGUCAAGUGAGUGAUAAUGAGGGCAAUGUUUCUCCAGUGAGUCAGACAGAACAGGAUGCAGGGAGGAUAAACGUCAAGGGCAAAGAAGAGACAAAGAGUGAAUGGAUUACAGUAGGGCUCAUUGGUAAAGUGGAGGACAGCCAAUCACACGUACCAGACGCAUGCUUUAUCAGAGCACCCAUGGGUGUGGCUGAAGUCCUGAGGUGUGAGAUGGCAGACGCCUUCAGCUGCCUCAUGGUGACCGGCUCGGAGGAGCUGGUCAGCAGAGUGAUCAGGGUCAAAGUUCAAGGCAGAGCCGACUUUCGCUUCCCUGUGACCAUGGUUGUGCCUUUCUGCGCACGUUACCGUGGCAACUACAGGGACAUCGCUGUCAAGAUAAUUGAUGGGGAGAGGCGGGCGAGCUACAUCACUCCUAUAACAACAGAGGGCACAUAUGGAGGACAUAGGGGCUCAUUUGCAGAGGUGAGGGUGUACUCCCUGGGUCUCUUUGCAGUGGUUUCCUGUUUAAAAAGAGAAAAUUACACUGUUCCCAAGAGGGGUUUGUCUCUCAAGCUCCCCAUGGACCCACGCAUUUGUCUCAGCUACCUCCCAGGAGCCUUCGCAGCUCCAGUAAUGGCACAAACCAUGAUCCAGCCCGUAGACACCGUCCUCCUGGCUGCUGUCAAGUCCAGGAGUGACGCCUAUUACUCAGUGGUGUCUACGAGCCCGCUGCUCUACCUCACCCAUCCGACCUCACAGCCCCUGAGGAGACCCCUCACUGUCACCCUCCCCUGUCCGCCGAACCCUGAUAAAAAGAGGGGCAUAAGGAGACAAGGAGAAGAGGCAGAGCAUCGCCACACCUGUCCUGUUUCUCUAGCAUGGGAUCAACCUGUUUCCCACAGAGUGAGAGUACUAGCUGCCUCUUUGACGUCCCCAAAGGAAAUGUCCAGUGAGCUGCUGAUUGUCCUGGGCUCCAGGGACAAACAGUGGAGCGUCCUGGACAAAGUCACAGUCAGAAACCAACAGAAUGGACUGGCCUCCUUUGAGCUGACAGAGAACUUUGACAGACUGCUGGUGGUUCGUCUCCUCUCUCCGCUGCAGCCCUGUCACCUCACCUCCCUAGCAGAGGAGCUGGAGGAGUCGGUCGGCUGCCACGUGGUCACCGUCGUCCUGCAGUGCCGACAGGACGAGCCGCACGCUGUCCUGGUGGCUGCCCUGCCCAGCCGAGACCUCAGCUGGGAACUGAACAAGCUGCGAGCUCAGGGCUACAGCGGCCUCCCGGAGACCUCAUCAGACAUCUCCAUGUGUGAGGGAGACCAGCUUCUACUACGUUUCAGUGGCAACAUCACCUCCACAGCGACUUACAGCAACCAAAAUGAUGCACCACUCGAGCGGAUCACCUUUCACAGCCAGCGCGUGAAUCACCUCUUAGUGCACCUAACUGAAGUGGACCCAUUUGGGAACUACAGCUCCCCUCACUACAAAGGGACGGCUGUGUUUUAUAAGGUCACCAGAGGUCAGCUGGAGUGGCGGGGGGAUAGGGCCAUCCCGAAGGACGUGAAGCUCCUGGGAGAUCCCGUGUGUAAGCUGUCUCUGACUUUACCCAAGAAAGUGAGAAGCAUUAAUCGGCCCAUCACAGCCAGAGUGAAGUUAUGUGAGGAGUCAGAUUCCCUGUCAGACUCUCUUCUUCUCUGGCUGGCUGGUGAACUUUCAGAGGAGGAAACAGCCCUCUUGGUGCUCUCCCUGCGGCUCCGUCGCAGCACCGCUCAGCUGGUGAAGCUCCGGGCCGGGGGAAGCCCGUCUGCCCAGGCCUUCCACGUUUUGGCCACGUGGAGGAGGGGACUGCCAGCUGCUCUGCGCCAACCCAAGGCCUCGCAGCUGGCUCACUGCUUGGCCAAGAGCGGGAGGCCGGAUCUGGCCAGAGAGCUGCUCCUGCGACAGGCUGCAACCACCAGAGAGGGCUCGCUGAAAUGACGAAACUUAAAAAACAGAAGUCACACUGCCUUGUAAUGCUGCUUGUGAGCAGGUGGUGCUGAAUGAAAUGCUCGCAGUACUUCGUUUGAUCCACAAGGGGUCAGCAUUGGACUGUGAAAGUCUGCGCUCUCUUCAGACUUGAGUCAAAUUCUUGUAAGUCACUGGUCCUCAACCUUUUCAGU